AUGUCUGGGGACUCGCAAAUCGAUCAACUUAGAAGCUCUCUAAACCGUUGGAACAACUCGAGAACCGGUGGAACCAAUGCUUCCGAAACAGCCAGUGGUGGUGGAUUCUUUUCCUCAUGGACAGAAUCCCUGAACAAUACGGCCUCCGACAUCUACCAACGCUUGCCGUUGACGAGGCAGGAUCUAGAGCAAGAAGAGGAGCCGGCCUGGUUCAAUCUAUCUCGAGUGGAAAGGCUCGUGCUGUUCUUCUGCUUUAUCCUUGGAUCUGUCGGGUGUUUCACAUUAUGCAUCUUCUUGUUCCCUGUGUUGGCGAUCAAGCCCAGGAAGUUCGCAUUGCUAUGGACGAUGGGUUCAUUGCUGUUUGUGUUGGCCUUUGGUGUGUUGAUGGGACCCGUUGCAUAUAUCAAGCACUUGACGUCUAAGGACAGAAUUGCAUUCUCUGCAUUCUUCUUUGGUACUUGUAUAAUGACGUUGUAUUUUGCUACCAUCAAGAAAGUUACGAUUCUUACAAUGAUUAGUGCGAUAUUGGAACUGGUAGCUGUAUUGUAUUAUGCUGUGUCAUACUUCCCAAUGGGUGCAUCCAGUUUAAGAAUGUUAAGUAGUUUUGGGUUAAGUACCGCGAGAGGUGCAUUACAUAUAUGA